UCACCCAGUCAUCUGUUUUCUCUCUAAAAUACUGCGGCCUAUUUCAGCUUCUGCCGAUAGAACUAUCCUGUCCACCUUAAAUGCUGCACAGUUCCAUUAUGGGGCAUGGGGUCAGAAUGUAGCUGCUGCACCAUUUAAGGUGGAACGGAAAAUUUGAAAAAGAAUGCUAACUCUAGCUUUAUGCUCACAUGGCUGCAGAUCCGGGAUCGUUUCAUAGACGUUUUAACCGCUGUUUUCGGCCCUUUCAGUGUGUUUAGAGACGUUUUAAAGGCUUAAACUAACUAAUAUAGACAGCUAGCUGUCGUUAGCUAAUAUCGCUAAGCUAACGGCGUACAAAGCUAGUUAAUCACUUUAAACUGGGCUGUUUAAAAGGGGAAAUUGGGCGGUAUUUCUGUACAUUUGACAACAUUGACUGCUAUUUUUCUGAUUAAUUUUCUUCUUGGCAGGUUUUCCUCUUCUCGAGAGUUUCACUGACAGCUGUCAAAACAGCUGUUAGCCACGUUAGCAAGCUAAGCUAAGCUGAACUGGUCACCUCCUCAGCUUCAGUCCAGACCUGAUCCUGUUCUGAAGAAAUGGAGUUCAGUUUGGUGCUUUUUUCUGCUUUGACCGUCCUUUAGCUAAUAAAUUAGAGCAAAACGGGCUGUAUUGAGUUUUCCUGACCCUUAAGGAAAAGAGCCGGCCUGCUAACCGUGUGAAGUUUAUCACUAUUGUGAAUAAAAAAAUAUGUAACCGACGAUGUCCUAAUGGGAUCUGAAGUAGUGCUGCAGGAAAUUAGUGGCAUAUUAUAGUUAAUAAUAUCUUUUAGUUACCAUUAAGCUAAUAUAAAUUAGAAAGCACCUGGUUGUAAUAUUAAUGGUUCUUCUGGACUUUUUUUUUCAACAGGGAUUAUUAGAUAUCUGGAGAAAAACAUUCAUUAGAAAAGGAUAAAAGUACCAAACUGGCCAUCAUGUUGAUGUUUUUGAGGACUGGCAGUUGUGUAAUGUUUUGUCCUAUUUGUUCAUUUACCUAAUUAUUGAUGCCAGAUGCCUUCAUUGAUUUAAUUUACAAUAAAAAAUGAUCAUUAAAUAUGUUAUUCAUGUUUACAUUAGGGAAAAUAGCAGAAAACAUGAAACAGAAAAUUAUACAAAAGCAACUGAAUAUAAUAUCAUUUGUUUCAGUCCUCAGUGUGUUACUCUUUAGCUUUAUUCCAGCCUCCAUUCUUUUCAGGAGACUCACUUUCAGUUUCUCUAAUAAACCUGCAGGGCUAUUUUCCACACCUCCAUAGUUCAGUCUUAGAAGCUGGUUGAUCGUUUUCUGAAGUAAUCAAACCCAUUCAAUGGUGUUGAGGUCUGGACUCAGACCUGAGUGAGUGGUGGUGAGUCCAUUGUUCAGCUUCUUUGAUUGUCCGUUUGAAAGGGAAAAUUAAUGCUAGUGACUCCUUUGGGAGCAGCAUCUGUUGAAAGAACACAGCUGUAACUGUAAGAUUGGAGGCAUGGAAAAGUUGAAGUUGCGGUAGUUGCACAAAUGUGGACAAAAUAGUGCUAAAUUUGAUGUUGUACUUUGUGUUGGAGAUUUUAGUGUGAUUUUCUGAUACGUUUCCUGCUUCUGACAUUGAAAAAUGAAUAACUUCUACUUAAUGACUGGUUAUUCUAACUGCCGUAUAUUUGACAGUAAGUGUUCAUUUUCUCAGACAAACACAAAUAUUAGCAUAAGUGCAAAUGACAUGAAUGGGUUUGCUGGGCCAUUUAGAAGGCUCUUAUCUAGGAAGUCCAGUAUUAUUUGUAGUUAUCGAUUAGUACCUAUUUUGUCUAAUUACAAUUUCAUUAAAUUACAUCUGCUGGUGGUGGAAUAAAAAAAAUAAAUAUUGUAAAGUUACCUCCGUAUUUAUGUUUGUUUAUUUUCUUUAUUCUAAUGUAAGUGUUUUUACCAACAUAAACAUACAUAUUUCGUUGGCAGUUGCAUGGUUCAUUUCUUCUUCUGCUGCUGUAGGUGCUAUGGAUAAGGUGUUGAGUAGUGGUGGUACACCCACUGGUCCUGUGGUCCAGGUGUGUUUUCCCAAUGUGCGAGCGUCAGUGCUGGACAACCUGAAUCGGCAGCGAGAGGAGGGCCGGCUGUGUGAUCUGUCCAUCCAGGUCCAAGGCCAGGUAUUCAGGGCCCAUCGCUGUGUGUUGGCAGCUUCUUCACCUUAUUUUCAUGACCAGGUGCUGCUGAAGAACGUCACUACAGUGUCUCUGCCAUCAGUCAUGGACCCCCUAGCCUUUGAGAGCGUCCUGAACUCUGCCUACACAGGUCAGCUGAGUAUUGUGCGGGAUGACAUCGUCAACUACGUAACAGUAGCCAGCUUCCUGCAGAUGUGGCACAUCGUGGACAAGUGCACAGACAUCCUAAAGAGGUCACGGCCUUUGACGCAGGUCAGCCCCGGCGAGGCCAGCUCUUCCCGUCACCAGUCUCCCAGCAGCUCAGACUGCUGCCUGACGGACCCAGAGGAGCGCGAGCGAGGACAGAGUGAUCAUGGCCCGGCCCAGGAAAGAAAGCCUCUCAUGGGUGAGCACGGCACUCUACCUCCCCUGGCCACCUGGAGGAGACCCCAGCAAUUCCAGCAUCAGCAGGGCAGGUGGGGCAGAUCCAGGCUCUCUCUCCCCUCCCAAAACAGACCAGAAUCUCCCCCUUCCAACUGCAGCCCUGCUGGGGAAGGAGAUCCACCCUGUAGCCCUGAGAGUCUGUGGAUGACCAGCAGUGGCACCGCUGCAAACGAUAGACACAGAGUCCGUGCUCGUCUGAGGGGGCCGCAGGAAAGCAGGGAGCGAGGGAUGAGGGAGGAUGAGGAAAGGAGGCGAGGGGAGAGGUGGAUGGAGGCAGAUGAAGGUGUAGGGGAAGAGUUGGAGGAGGAAAGAGUGAAGGUGGAGUUGGAGGAGCGUGGCGCCGGAGGCUGUGGCUCAGGGGCAACUCUCAAAGAGGAGGGAGAGAGAGAGGGAGGGAGAGAAAGUGCAGAGAGGGACAGACAGCAGGAGGAAAAGUUUCUGUCAACUCAGGAGCCGCAGGAAUCGCUCACCACAGCAGGAACUGCUCCUCCCCCUCUCCCAGGGCCCUCUGCACGUGUUCAGUGGCAGCCUGAGGCUGACUGGUCGGCAAGCACGUAUACUCAGCCAGCCGGGAGGCUGCUAGACGAUCAUUCCAGAGCAAAGGACGGUGAAGAUGAUGUGGAAGAAGAGAUGGACUUCAGCCGUUUCGCGGAGGCAGGUUUUGAGGGCGAGACCUACGAUGAGAUUGAGGAGGGCACAGGACAGGUUUCACAGAGACCUUUGCUGCCUGUGUCACCUGGCGGGAACGCCACAGGUGAAUUUGUGCUGGGGCCUUCAGAGCUAACCUGGACAUCCGGAGCUCUCUCUCCCCCAUCACACUCUUCCUCUCUCCCUCCUUCCUCCUCUCCCAUCCCCUCCUCCUCCUCUCCCCCAUCCAUGGCAGGAGCACCCUACACAGGUAAAGUGCACUUCUGCCACUGUGGGAAGGCCUUCACAUUGAAGAGCAUGCGCGACCGCCACGUCAAAAUGCAGCACCUGAACCUGCGGCCCUUUGCUUGCCCUGUCUGUGCCAAGAGCUUCAAGAUGAAGCACCACCUGACCAAGCAUGUGAAAACGCAUGGUGGCCUGCGCCCAUAUGAGUGCACAUUCUGUGGCAAGAAGAUCAUCUGGAGGGAUAGUUAUCUCAAGCACCAGGCACGGUGCCAGCGUCUUGCUGCCAAGGUAGCCGCACCCGGGCAUCAUCCUGCCGACACAGCUGCUGAUGGCAGCGAAGCAGAGCCGGGGCAGGAGGAGGCAGGGUUUGAGUAUGGAGUUUACAUGUGUGAGGGGCAGGGCCAGGUGAAGGUGGAGCAGGGUGAGGCACAAGCAGAUGAAAGCUGCAUGGAGGGAUUAGUGGGGAGAAUUUCAGGACAGGACAGAGUUCUGAUGGAGCAGGUUCUGAAGGAGGAAGAUAGUGGUAGGUACACAUGAGAAAGAAAGUGAAACCUGCCGUUCUUAUCAAAUGUUUCCAUUUUUUUUGCUGCCAUGAGGUCGCCAUCUACUUUCAGUGUCCCAGUCCAGGCUAAUCUUACUACAAUGUUAUCCACUUUUUCAGCUCCUGAGGCAGUAAAUAAAAUGACAAGAUUUAAGGACUCUGUCUAACCCACAAGUCACAAUCCAAUCUGGACAACUUUAGAAAAGGUUUCUCCCAAACUCUGUCAGUGAUGUUCUCAUCUUGUUGCUAUGGGCGCUUACAUCCGAGCUCACAAUACUCUGUUUAUCGACUAAGGCACAGCUGUUAUAGUAGUAGCUCAAAGUAAACACAAUGCUUGACCUGCAGGAACAAGUAGCACAUUUAGUCAUAUUUUUUAAGCUGCAAGUAGCACAUCUGGCAACAAUGUUUCAUUUAAACCUGCACUAUGUAAAAUCAGUUUAUUAAAAUUGAAAGGAGUAGUAUUAUAGAGUCAGGAGAAGAAAAAACACUCUAAAAUGUGGUGCUUGUGAAUAAUAAUUUAAAAGCCAGAAGCAAUCGGAAGACACCUCGAAGCUCGAAGUCUCUUUGUAUUCAUUUAUCCACUUGGUGGAUCACCAAGGGGUCUGGAGCACACAUUGCAAAAGUGUUUUUCCCACAUGUUGCAUAUAAUUACACAUUUCCACCAGAAGAGCUAUCCAAAUCCCCCAAGUUUUUAUAGUGCAGCUUUAAAAUAAGAAAAUUAAGUUAAUAUUGAAUAAAAUUCAGCCAAUGGGUUUUGAGAGACUGCAAGACUUCUAACAUUUUAAUAAAGCCAUCUGAAUGAACUGUGUAUGUCCUACAAAACACAUGUAAUGUGUUCCAGUUGCAGGACCGACAGCAAGACAGAAAGAUGAGCAGCAUUUGAUGUUGCAAGUUUAGCUAGAACAACCAAGAAGAAGAGCUGAUUUUAGAUCAUUACUUUCACUCAUGGCCUACAUGUGCGCUCAUUAUGAAUGACUGAUGCUGAUAUGACUGCUGAUAAACGGUUGAUGUUGCUGCUGCCAUUGGCCUUAAUGGAUUAGCACAGGUAUUUCCACAAAGAAAGCUACAUGGGACAUUUGUGCAUGGAACGAAGUGCAGUAUUAAUGUACCCAAACAUAAAUUAUUUUCAAGUGUUGGUUUUAAUCAGGUAGAUGUUGGAGUUCAAGCAAUACUGUUCUAUUUGACAGGCUUUAAGCAUCGAUUAAACACGUGUGAAGAAAACAACACUUGAGCCUAAAUGACUCACAGAUAUUAAUUUAGACCAUCCAUCUAAGGAAAUGUAAGUUCUGUUUGUGGGCCACAUGUCAUGUACAUGGAUAUGGAUGUAAGACAUGGCUUUUGUUAAUUUGAUGUGAAAUUUGUCACUUCAGCCUCAUGGACCGUGCUUUGUGUAGCUUCAUAUGCCGUUCCUGUUCUUUCACCACUGGGGGGAGCGCUGGCAGAGCUUUAGUGCUAAAUGUCAAUCAUUUGUAUGAUACUAAGUGAUGUCUAUAAAUAAAGAUUUUUUUUCAGA